AUGGCAUACCUCAAAAGACUUUGCUCAGUACUUUUAGUUCUAUUUUCAAGUUAUGGAUUAUUAAGCUUAGCUUCACGUCUUGGUGUAAGAUUUCUGGAUAAAUUUGAAAUUGCAGUUGAUUACCGUUUAACAGCUAGAAUUCUGGAUCUUUUAUGGAUUGCUGUAGGAAUAGCAAUUAAUAUUUACAUUACUUCAAAAAAUAUACCUUUUUCAGCAAUCAUGGAUGGUAAAAAUGAUACUCACAUUUGUCUUAAAGUUUGGUAUCUUUAUUAUAAAUGGGCAGGUAUCUGGAAAGCUCAUAGAAUGGGAAUUCAUAUAGGAAAUUUUAAUAUUCAAAGAGAUUCUUUAGUACCUCUUUUUGCUAGUGCUGCUAAAUCUAAUUAUACAACUGCGAUUGCUCACUUUCUUUCAAAUAUAGCUGCUCAUCCACAAUUAGAGGAAAAUCUACAUCACGUUGGCUCUUUUAAAAUUCCACGUGAAAAAAAUGAAGAAAAUGAUCCUUUCUAUACUUGUUUUGGAUUUGAUGAAGCGCUAUAG